AUGGGGAAGCAAGGAUUAGGCGAGAUGAACGACAACGGGGAGAUAUUCGCCGACCUUUGCGCCACAAGCCAGCUCCUGCGAACCAACCGGAGAUUCUGCCAGCUACAAGUGAUCUGCCAAUCAAAUGCUGCACCCCCACAAAGGAAGAGAUCAGCAGCGCCAUCAAGCAAUUGCAGAAAGGCACAUCUGCAGGACCUGACAGCAUACCGGCUGUGGCGCUUAAGGCUGACGUGGAGACCAGUAAGGAGCUACUACACCCGCUCUUCAGCAAGAUAUGGUAAGAAGAAGAAAUUCCAACAGAAAGAGGGUAACCUCAUCAAGCUUCCCAAGAAAGGCGACCUCAGCUCCUGCUCCAACUACCAAAGAAUCACACUUUUGUCUGUCCCAGGAAAGGUGUUUAAUCGGAUCCUGCUGAACCGAAUGAAAGACUCAGUAGACCCGCAUUUUUCCGACCAACAAGCAGGCUUCCGAAAGGAGAGAUCAGAAUAA